CUGGGGCUGGAUUGACACACAAUGAGGAGCAGAGAGGCCGGGGAGACGCUCCACAAACGCCGCUGUAAAUAAUUACAACAAUCACAGAGGCCGGAGAAACAUGGAGAACCAGUGCACGGUGCAGGUGAAGCUGGAGUUGGGCCACAGAGCUCAGCUGAAGAAGAAAGUGACCUCUGAAGGCUUCACCCACGACUGGAUGGUUUUCGUCAGAGGCCCAGAGACUGGCGACAUCCAGCACUUUGUAGAGAGGGUCGUCUUCCGCCUGCAUGACAGCUUCCCCAAACCCAAGAGAGUAUGUAAGGAGCCUCCAUACAAAGUGGAGGAAUCGGGUUACGCAGGCUUCAUCAUGCCUAUUGAGGUUUACUUCAAGAACAAGGAGGAGCCAAAAAAAGUCAUCUUCAACUAUGACCUGUUUCUUAACUUGGAGGGAAACCCUCCUGUUAACCACCUGCGCUGUGAGAAACUCACCUUCAACAACCCCACCAAAGAAUUCAGGAAAAAGCUCAUCAAGGCAGGAGGGAUACUGGUGGUCCCUGAGGGGGCUGAAGCUAUGUCGAGGCCCAGUCCGGACUACCCAAUGCUUCCCACCAUCCCCCUCUCAGCCUUCUCAGACCCCAAAAAGACAAAGACCUCUCAUGUAUCAAAGGAACCAAGCAAAGAAGGAAGUGGUGGCAGCAGCAAAGGACCCAAACCACACAAACUGACCAAGGAGCACCGUGAACGAUCGCGGAAAGACUCUGAGAGCAAAGGGUCGUCCAAAGGCGACGAUCGAGAUGGAAGCAGCAAAAGUGGUCGCGACCCUUCCUCGUCCUCCUCUUCGAAAAAGCCGUCAGAGAUCAAAGUGAAGGACGAAGUGAAAGUCCAGCCUAAAGCGGCCUUCAAGGAGCCAAAGCUCACCCUGAAGGAGUCGAAGAUGGACGGCAUGUCCCCUAAAGGAGGGGGGGCAGGAAGUGGCGGGGGAGGCGGAGGAGGAGCGGUGGAGGUCAAAGCUCCGGGGAAACGCCCUUCCACCGUGGAGUCCCCCAAACCCAGCGUGAAGAAGCAGAAGAAGGGCAGCUCCGACGGGCUGAAGGGACCGACGGGCGGCUUGUUCACCGGGACGUCGCCGCGCGUCUCGUCGUCCUCGGCCGUCACCCAGUCCUAUGGCGAGAAGAAGCCUUCCAAGGAGAAAGGCCGCUGGCCGCCCAAAAACAAAAAUGAUGCCCAGGAGUUGAAGGAGCUCAAGAAACUUCCAGAGUCGGAGGAGUCCAAUUCAGAGGACGAAGCGUCGUCGAAGUCAGAGCAAUCAGCUGCUUCGAGUCCUUCCAACUCUACUUCCAGUUCUGACUCCAGUUCAGAUUCGGACUUUGAGCCUGGACAAAAACCAGGACAAGGCCCGCUCAGAUCCAUGGUGGAAGAGAUCCAGUCAGAAGAGUCGGAUGAUGACGACAGCAGCUCAGAAGAAGAGACGCCUGUCAAAACAAACCCCCCCAACCGCGACUCUCGACUCAGCCUGGACAGUGAGAGUGACAGCAGCGACGAAUCGCACCGCCCCAGUCGAGACCCCGCCCCACCCCCACAGAAACACGGCUCGUCCAACAACAAAGUUGUCCGAAAAAGUCCAGAUUCCUCUUUUCGCUCGGAGAAGGUGAUGAAGAAGGGAUACGACAAGGUAGGAAGGGCCUACACAGAGGAGCUGGUGGACCUCCACCGCAGACUGAUGGCAUUAAGGGAGCGAAACGUCCUGCAGCAGAUUGUCAACCUGAUCGAGGAGACCGGCCACUUUAACGUGACAAACACCACCUUUGACUUUGACCUCUUUUCAUUGGACGAGUCCACCGUCCGCAAACUACAGAGCUACCUGGAGGCGACGGCCACGUGACAGGAAGCGGCGGGGGCCGGCGUGUGGAUGUCAGCGGCAGAGGUAGCCUCGCCAUCAUGCCUGCUCUUUGCGGAAGAGACGAGCAGAAACGUCUGCCGCGGCCUUUUCACAAGCCUGACUGAAGCAUCGAACAACCACACCAUGAAACAGAAACACACAAACAGUCGCAAGCACACAACACCACCUUCACGUGACGCUGGGGAGGAAACAGGAGGAGGAGGAGGAGGUGGUGUGUGAGGAAACGCUGGAGCAUCUGACCUCCGUCUGGUCAGGGUUUUCACUACACACUCUUCGAAUCUGUGCUGAGCUGAGGAAUUCGCCCAACAAACCCCCACCCCGUCCCUCCCUCCUGCACUUAAACCGCUCCCGCCUUUGCAAACCUAAUACUUCCCCUCCUCCUCCUCUUCCUCCUCUCCUCCCCCACAUGCACACUCCUGUCUGAGCAGAACACUCCGGCCCCUGCGUUGUCAGCUGGAGCUCAUUUUUCUUCCAACACACUCCUGAGUUGCGUGUGAACGCCGUCCAUGAGUCUGCGCGCGACUCGUUCUGCUGAGGUUUAAGAGGACAUGUUGUCUUUGUGGUCACCGACUUCUUUGUUUAUGAAACUUGAGCACAAACAGCCGGUUGCAUUUCUACCACCAGUCACUCGCCAACAAGCACACUUUGCCCUGCUAACCCCCCUGUUUGGCAUUAUUAGUUUAUAAGCACUGAAAAUGCUUUUAACACACUUUAGUUUUCUUGUAAACGACAGAAAAAGCUUCCCGACAUUUUUUAUUUUAUUUUUAAAAGUAAAAACAUUGAUUUUCUGUUAUUUUCUUUCAUCUGUAAAGUGUUUGUUAGAGGUAAUUGAUGGUUGUCUUCCAGAACUUUUUUUAAUCACUACAGAAAAGAUUAAUAGUUGCCUCAAUGUUGUUGCUUCAUUAUAAUUGGAUACAAAUUACACUGAAAGUAGCACACUUUUGUUUUUAAUUUAAAAAAUGUUAACUUUUGUCAUUAAAUUGCAAAAUUAAGGUUACUUUCAGUUAAGAUUAAGAAAAGAGAGGCUUUCCGGUUAAGAUUGAAUUUAAGUUGAAUGACAAAGCAACAAAGAAUAAUUAUAUAUUUUGAGUUUAUAUUGAAUAUAUUUGCAUUUUAGUUACAAUCAGACUUGCAUUCAAGCUUUCAAGUGCUCUAUCCUUUUGUUGGAUAGCCUGAGACGUUUUCCACUGGGUACUGAAACAUUUUUUUCAAGAAAAAUGUUACAAGCUUAAAUUACAUAUUUAUUAUUUAUGUAAAAAAAAAGGCACCUGAACUGAAGGGAUGAACAUGUUUAAAAUCAGCAAGGUUUUCUGAUUGGCAGCUCAAGCCAUGAAACAUCUGAAUUUAUUUACUAUUAAAUUACAUCAGAGUUUACAACAGCCACUUUUCAUGAAUUGCAUAAAAAUCAGGGAAAAUGCUUUGAUGCCUAAAUGUUAAUCUUUUUUAAUCCCUUUUAUCUGUUGAAUUAAAACAGAAACAUCUUUAUUCUUCUCUCUCUGUGAAGUCCGUAAAAACUGUAAGCAUCCUCUCACAGAAAAUUAGAGUCAACCGGCAAAAUGCUAGCAUCUUUACCAAACAAGCAACUUGGCUAAAAGAUUCAUUCUUACGGUACGAAAUAGAUCAGAAUAGGAUGAUUUUUCUUUCUGUGAUCAAAAGCUAAAAUGUUUUGCCUUUAAAACUAAGGAAAAAAUAAAACGGUGAUCGUUCAAGUUUGGGAGAAAACUUGCUAAAAACCAAUUUAAGAGUAAAAGUUUUGCACAGUGCUCUGUGUCAUUAUUGCCUUUUUUUUGUUUUCAGUGCUUGUAAACACAGUAAGGAGGGGUUGUGGUGAAGUGAUGCAUAUUUUCUCCUGUGUGUGUCCCGCUCCGGUUUUCAGCUGUCUGUACGUUCGAAAACACGUGUUCUGUUGGCUUCCUGUGCUUUCCCACUGAAAGCUGAGCCUUGACCUCCAGCAGACCCCUUAACGCCCCCCUCCACCCACUGCUGCAUCCCCUCUGCUCUGCGUGAAUGAAAGGGCUCCAAAGCUCCUGGCCACAGCAGUGGAGGAUCGCUCCUGAAUUUGCCUUCUAGGUGGGGUGGAAAAAAGAAACAAACACAGUAGCCAUACUUCCCAAAAAACAAAGGGGAGAAAAAGGGGGGGGAGGGGCACGCUUUUUUACAUUUUAUUUUUCUACAAGUGCAUUUUGUGUAUUUAUUCCCAAGACAACCUGUGGGCUCUGAAUGUAUAUUGCUUUUACUUUUUUACGGCUUGCAACAGCCCCACUCCAGUGCCUUUUCCUGCAGCGCGCAGCACUAAGCGGGGAGUGUGCGCUCUGCUAGCGUCGCUCACACAGAUCGAAGACCCCACCCUCCCCCUCCUACUAUAAGCCCCUCCUGGGGGGAGCAAGUGUUAAUUGGGAUGCCUGAACAUCCAGUAUUGUCUUAAUGGUUCCCAUCCCUGCUGUGGUCCUUUUUUCAUUUUUUGUUAAAUCAAGAAUAUCUCCGUUAGUCCAACAUAAUUGAUAGUUUUUGUGGAUGGUGGUCAUUUUUUUCUGUUCUAAGGUUAGGGUUUGUUUAAAAAAAAAAAAAAAAAAAGGAAAAAAAAACAUCAAAAUACUGUGGUAGUUUCUCACUUUAAUUAGCUCGAGCUUUUUUUGUUCUGCGUUGUGUGUCUUUGUGAGUGUUUGUCGUCGUCGAUGAAAAGGGUCUGACCCUCUUCGGCCGUUUGAUGGUCGUACGGCGUCGCGCUCGAUCGCAGGACGCCAGGCUCUUAAACGGCUACAAUAACGAGCGCGAAGGCAGAUGGAAAAGAAACGCUCCUCUUCCCCCCCGUGGCGUCCAUUAAUGGCGGAAACGUCUCACUGAGGCCUGAGUCGAGACGGCAGCUCGAUUGAUCGGGUGGUCUAGAGAAACUGGCUCACUAAUUACAUCGGUUAGAUCGUCACUGUAAAAGUUUACACUCCUGAAACAUUUUCUCAUGUGAAGUCGACCAAAUUCACUUCAUUCUGUUUGGAUGUCAUACACAUAAGAUGGCGAGGAAAAUAUCUACACGACUUCUUCCGAUUGGGUCGACCCAAGGUUUAAAAAUGAUUCUUUUUUUAUAUCAGAUUUGAGUUUAAUCAGUUUUUCUUUUCUAAAAAUAAAAUUAGAGGGUAAAUAUUUUCAAAAAGUGGCCAAAGCUACAAUAAAUUUAGCUUAAUUCAUAAUUUGAACAGAAUAAAAAAAGCAGUUUUACCAGAAUAUCUUAAUUAUGAUUUUCGAGAGGAAAAAAGGUGAUGUUACAUGAACUGCUCAAAGAUUAGUUUUGAAGCAUUUUUUAGUUCAGUUUUGGUUUAUAGAUGCUUGUAAUUCAGUGUAGGAAUGGUUUUGGUUUUGUACUUAAAAGCCUGAGUGCUCAUUUAAUACAUUACUGUAAACGGCUAUAAAAGCAAACUUUAGAGGGUUUUCCUCUCUUGAAUCUGUACGUUAUUUUUUUAAUUUAACCUGUUUGUUUAGCAGAUUAUUUUCCCUCAGAUAAGUUGUUUGUUACAGUUUCUCCUCCAUCAGUUUCAGUGAGACCAGAGAUCAUUGUCUUGAUCCAGGCCCUCGGUGUGUUUGGAACACACACGCGCACACAGUCACACACACACACACACACACACACCGGCCCACUGUGGGACAGUAGAUGAGUGGGAGGUCGUCUCCCUCGUCUGCCCACUGUGUUUUUAUUCUGACGCUUCGAUAGCUUUAAUUCUUCCUCUCUCUUCGUUUCUCUUCCCUGCCUGACUCCAUUUUUAAAAUCAGAAUAAAAACAAACCGAUCCGCGCGGCCUUACUCACCCUGCCAGUUGCCUCCUUCCUCUCUCUUCCUCUUUCUCUCUCCCCUGCUCGCCCGCCCGCCCGCCCCUCCCUCUCUCACCCGCCGCACCUCCAUUUCCUCGAGGUGCGCCUCCCUCCGUCAACUGAACUCCCGGCCACGAUCGCUGAGAACGAACUCUGAAGCUGACUUAGAAAAGAAUCGAUGAACAACUUUCCUCUUUUUCUGUGCACCAACUUGAGAACUUCUAGGUCCUAGUUCAUGAACUCUGACCCCUGACCAGGCACUCAUUCAGGGGGGUCACGAUGGGAAACUCUUUCCCCCCAGUUUUAUUUAUGGACCUCUGCACUUUUGGCUGUGAUGACUUCAGUACUUAAGUAGUUACCGAAACUGUAUUUUUAAGGAUUUUAUACAAUAUUUACAUGCAAUACAAUAUAAAUUGAUUCGUUUUUCCUUUGCCAAUCUUGUUGUUUUUAUUUAAUUUUGUUUAUUUUGGCAUAUGAUGUCAUUAUUUACAAACAGACAUGGCCGUCGAGUCCAUUUCAGGCACGUUGUUAUCCCGAUGUGAUUUUUGUGUUUUAAUGAAUCUGAACACCAAGAAGCAAGAGGAAAAAUAGGCUCGCCUGUUUUUGUUUAUUUUUUUAUUUCUAAUACCAUCUGCGCCUGGAUGAGAUUCUUAAAUGAUGAAAAUACACUGGUUUUACGGUAUAAAAGCAGAAAUCUGAACAGAUGUUGAAAUUGCUUUCAUUUCAAACAAUAAAAGCAAAAAUAAUUGCAGCUGCUACUAAAAUAUUUUCUAACAUUUUGAGCGAUGCACUGCUUGGCCGGUCAGAUAUCGGAAUCUGGUAAUUUUCUAUCGAUCGGUUUUGAUCAGUGAGUCAAAUAUUUUUUGAAAAAUCAAUCUUUAGUUUCCUUUUAUCUGUAAAACUAAGAGCUGCCAUUAUUUUUCUAUAGUUUCACUAACAAACCGCUUUGAUCUUGGUGCAAGUUAAUCUGAUAAUUUAGGGACUUGUGCUUUCAUUUAGAAAUGGGGACAUUCUCCUAAUUUUUUCUGUUGGAUUUAGCACUAUUACCUCAGUCAAUAAACCUUUACUUUUAUUUGUUUUUUUGGUCAAAAUUUUCCUUGACAAAUCAGAAUUGGAGAAAUCAGAGAAUCUCUAGCAAAAGCCUGAUCGGUGCGUUGGAUUGUAAUACGUAGACUUAAUCCUAAUUUAGUAGUGGUUGUGAUUUUUGCGCAGAAUAUUCUAACUUUUUGACAUUAUUUAGAUAAACACAGUUAGAAUAAAGUCGUGGUAGUUGUGUAUUUAGGUUGACUAGCUGUAAAUUAAAACAGUAUUGAUGCAUCGAUCAGGAUUUACCGAUUUCUGUCUUUGUUUCUGGUUAAAGUCACGCUGCGCCAGACUUUCAAUGACUUCAGAUUCCUACAAAACUAAAAAGGAAAAAGAUCAAAUGUGAAAGUAAACAUGUCCUAAUUUAAAUUUAAAAUAGGGCUGGACGAUGUGACUUAAAAAUAUCACUUUUUUUAAAUCAAAAUUAAAUUUCUAAUUUUAAUCUUUUUUUCUUUCUUUCUUCCUGUUAAACAAUAUAUACAAAUGACCGAAAUUGAUGCUUGUAUUUUAAUUAUUUAUUCUGUGAAUUGACCUCAAAGUAAAAAUAGAUGUUCGGUGUGCUGAACUAAAGGAAACCCCCCAAAAAUCUACAUUUUCCAAAAGUUAUUCAAAACAGAAAACUUGAUUAAUUUGUAAAAUGAAUUUAUCAAAGCAGCAAAAAUAAAAAAAUGUUUUUAAAAGCUUUAGAAAUGGAUUAAAAUCCUUAUUGGCAUUUCAAAGCUUUACUUAAAAAAACAAAAACAUUAAGAUUGAGAAAUGUUGAGUCCAAUGGAAAACAUUCUUAAAUGAUGAUCUCUUAAUUUUGAAUUAUUUAAAAGGGAGUAAAAGUUUAAAAAUUAAGUUUUCCACGUUUGACCCACUGAUGGAGCCGAUCGAGGGAAAAUCUGCUGCCAGACUGUUUGGAAAGUUUCUACAUCAUGAACGUCGGCAAGCUGGAAAACUUAAGAAAGCUAAAUUAGAAGGUAGGAGUUUCAGCCAGCUGUCCUGCAGUCUGCAGCAAUAAGUAGGGGCGGGAUGGCUUCAGAUUUCAGAUUAAUCCCAGAUUGGAAAAAGAAAUUCUCUGAAAAACAAAUAUUUUCAAAAAAGUUUAUAAUUUUACUAAAUUAUGAGAAUAAAGAGACAAUUUUGACAGAACGUCUUAUAAUUGAUAGAAAAAGGUCAUUUUAAUGAGAAAAAUGUUUUAGAUUAACACGACCAACUCAAUCCGAUCACUUAUUUUUCUUCUAGAUUCACUCCUGUCACUGAUAAUUUGAUGCUGAAGUGUUAAAAUAUGAAUUAUUUUCUUUAAACCAAAAACAAAUUUUUGGUGUAGUUCUCCAUUAAUUACUUGUUAAUUCUUCUAAUAUUACGACUUUAUUCUCAUAAUUAAAGCAAAACGUAGACCGUCCCUAAAAUUCAAAGUCCAACGAAGUGGAAGCUGUAAAACAUGAAGGACUUUGAUCUGUGGAAACUCAAGGAUUAGUUUGGUGGGAAAAAGACAGACUUGAUCUUUAAAAUCCAGGCUUAGGCAUGACUGCUAAAAUAUAAUCUGUGCUUUUUGCUGCUGGAAAUGGAACAUCCAAACAGAAAAAUCUGCCUUUGAUGGCCUGGAAUUUUUUUUUUUUUUAUGUUUUAAAGCUGUAAGUUUUUAAAAUCUUGAUCCCAGUCAGCGACACAUUCCCAGUACAAAUAACACUUUCAUUCCUGGACUUGAUUGAGAAAACCUGACUUCCUGCAUCAUAUCUAGUUUUCAGUUCCAAACACGGACGUCCGUUCUUUAUUGUUAAUGUUUUUAUGGAACAAAUCCAUCCCAGAUGAGCUGGAAAGUGAAGGCAGCUGCUGCCUCUGCUCAGAUUCAGUGCAUUUUGUGCCUUGAUAACUUUUAAAACAACCAGGAAAUAUUUCAGUUCCGCUCCUCCUCCAGUGAGCUGAGGCUCAUGGGUAAUGUAGUGAAGUGGGACUGAUGAAAGAAAGCAGUGGGAAAGCCUUUGCGCUGUAACUGAGGCAGCUCGGACUAUAUUAUGUGUGUGUUGUGCCGCUGCAGCGGAGGGUUAUCUGCUGUGUGGAGGGGAGAUGCGGGGCGGGAGGGCGCCAUGUGCGGACCGGCUGUUUCCUGUGUCGUUUGUGUCAUAAUGUGUCUGUGACUGAGGGGACAGGGUUGCUUGUAUUUAUAAGGGUUUGAUUUGUUUUCUAACUGGGGGUUGAAAAAAAAAAAAAAGAACGUUCCGCGUUUGUGUUCAAAGCGA